CAUUUACUGGAGGAUCUUUCCAUAAAAAAUAAACAGAGGAUGUCAAACUUGGCACAAUUUGACUCUGAUUUUUACCAAUCUAAUUUUACUAUUGACAACCAGGAGCAGAGUGGUGAUGAUUCCAAUGCCUAUGGAAAUCUUUACGGAUCUAGAAAACAACAAGCUGGUGAGCAGCCUCAGCCUGCCUCCUUUGUUCCAUCAGGGAUGCUCAUGUCACCAGGUUACGCAGGACAAUUUUUUCAGCCAGCAUCCAACUCAGAUUAUUAUUCACAAUCUCCUUACAUUGACAGUUUUGAUGAAGAGCCUCCUUUGCUAGAAGAUAAGUUAAGGAAGUAACUUGGAAUCCAUUUUGAUCACAUAUGGCAAAAAACUUUGACAGUGUUAAACCCAAUGAAGCCAGCAGAUGGCAGCAUUAUGAAUGAAACGGACCUCACUGGACCCAUUCUUUUUUGCAUAGCCCUGGGAGCCACCUUGCUUCUGGCAGGAAAAGUUCAGUUUGGUUAUGUGUAUGGCAUAAGUGCCAUUGGCUGCCUUGUGAUUCAUGCCUUGCUGAACCUGAUGAGCUCUUCAGGGGUGUCGUACGGCUGUGUGGCCAGCGUGCUGGGUUACUGCCUGCUCCCCAUGGUCAUCCUGUCUGGCUGCGCCAUGUUCUUUUCACUGCAGGGCAUCUUUGGAACUAUAUCAUCCCUGGUCAUCAUUGGCUGGUGUAGUCUCUCAGCUUCCAAGAUCUUCAUUGCAGCCUUGCACAUGGAAGGACAGCAGCUUCUUGUUGCCUACCCUUGUGCCUUACUUUACGGACUUUUUGCCCUCCUAACAAUUUUCUAAAGAAUGUUUGAGAUGGCAUUUCAAGACU